ACUCCCCAGCUCCAGGUGAGAGCCGGGGAGAGAACCUAGCAUCCUGACUCCCAGCCCCCGCCCCCACCAGUCGCUGGGGCCCACGUCACUUCCCCGGCGGGCGGCGUGGGGGCUGAGUGAGCUGUUGCUUUCCAGCAUGGAAGGAACACGCUGCCGGGUGGCAGGGGCAGAGCUGCCGGGGGCACGGGGCGGGCGGCGGCAGCCGCAGCCAGCAGCAGCGGCCUUUGUGUCUCCGUGUCUCAGACGGUCCAUGACACGUUUUCCUCCUGGGGCGGCUUGGAAAGGAAAAAUCCGCUGUGUAGGCACCGGCCUGGGUGGAAACGAUUGCUCCAUGAGUGUGGGGAGGGGCGGUCGGAGAGAGCCUGAGACAUCCCAUUACUGUUCUACCUACCACUAGACCCCAAAGCUGGAGAGAGAACCCAGGUGUCCUGGCUCCCACCCCAACUCUAACUGCUAGACCCCACUCCCCUGUCACAGCCAGGGGAUGGAACCCAGGAGUCCUGGGCUGAAUGCUUGGUCUCCCUUCCCCUCGCCAGGCGGUAGAGGAGACAGAAGCGCAGUCCCACCCCAGACAGUGAAGAAGCUUCUGGAGCAGAAGAGACGGCAGCAGACAGCACUGGGCUAUGCGGCCAGCUCUCAGGUCCCAACAGAUGCCACUGACCCUUCCCAGACAGAUGAGUGCCCGGAGCCCAUGGGGCUGGGAAGGGGAUCUGUGGGGGAAUCUGCCCCUGGCCCCCCCCCUGGCUCCCUACCCACCUUGGCAGGUCGACCCCUCAUGCCAUGCGGCCUUCCCCGACUGCCACUAUCACUGCUCGGCCGCGGCCAGCAGCUACCAGCCCCCAGGACCCACGUACGAUGCAACAGACUCCUAUGCCCCCGUGGGGACCGGGGUGUUUGGAGCAGGGGAUCCCUACAGCACCAUGAUGGCAGCCACAGGGGACUUGGAGGUCCCUGUGUCAGCCCCCUCACUGGGCCUGUUCCCAACUCCACAGGCAUCCACUGCCCCCUGGAUGCAGCCUGCCCGGAGCACCCCCUAUUCUGACCCCCUAGAGCUGGGCAGCUUCGGGGACCCAGUUGGGGUGCUGGAUCCCAGGGAGCUGGCUACGGCCCGAGCUGAGAUCCGGAGCAUGGACCCGGCGCGGCUGCUGCAUCAGGAUGAAGAUGGGGACACGAUCCUACACCUGCUGGCUGCCCGGGGGCUGCGUCACUUUGCCCAGGCGGCCGCCGAGGCCUUCAAGGAGUGCGGGCGGCUGGAGAUCAAGGAGCACAAGGGCAAGACCCCGCUGCUGGUGGCUGCCACGGCCAACCAGGCUGAGCUGGUGCGGGACCUGCUGGCGCUGGGAGCCGAUGCCAAUGCCGCUGACCACAAGGGCCAGACGCUGCUGCACCUGGCAGCCACCUACGGGUUCCCCAACGUCCUCAUGGCUGUGAUGGCAUCUGGGGUCCUUGUCAACGUGGAGGCCAGGAACUUUGAAGGGCAGACCCCUCUGCACUGUGCAGUGAUCUCCCACAACAAGGCCUUGCGGGCGCUGGGCAUCGGGACCCCGACCCCAGAGCGGCUGCAGGAGAUGUUGGCCUGCAUCCAGGCCCUGCUGCACAUGGGGGCAGAUCACACCAGCCAGGACAUAAAGAGCAGCAAGACGGUUCUGCACCUGGCCGUGCAGGACGGGAACCUGUCACUGGUUCAGUUCUUCCUGCAGCUGCCUGGGCCCCGGCAAUUCAUCAACAUGAAGGCCCACGGGAACACGGCUCUGCACAUGGCCGCAGCCCUGCCGAGCCCCCCCUGCCAGGAGAGCCUCGUGCGGCUGCUACUGAGCCGGGGAGCUGACCCCAGCGCUCGCAACCUGGAGAAUGAGCAGCCGGCCCAUCUGCUGCCCCCCGGGCCCGGGGGAGACCAGCUGCGCCUCUUGUUGAAGAGCCGGCGCCCGCUCCCUGGCGCUGCCCGCCGUCCCGCCCAGCCCCCCUAGAUCCAUGGCUGCUGAAGGAAGGGGGCGGGAGGGACUCAUCUGGUGCCGCUCAGUGAAGUGGGGUGGGGGGAGAGGAUUUCUCUGGAAAGUUGUCUGUAAUAUUUUCUGUAUUUAACUAACUUAUUGUAUGGGGGCCCCCCGGACACCUGGGUUCUCCAAGUCCCCUGCUCCCUUGUUGCUUGGACCCCCCUGGGUCCCACAGUAGGAGGUAGCAUGGCCACCCAGAUGCCUGGGUCUGCUGCUGCCUGCCAUGUGGGGCUGCAGCCCCUUGCCUUCCCCCUCUUGGGGCUGGGCAUGUGACUACCCCCUACUGGACUGAGCAGGUGAGACCCUGCCCAAGCCGCCUCCCCCAGUGAGGCUACAUGUGCUCAUGCCGAUGCAGUGGGUGGCAGCUGAGGGGAAGGCCAAGGGCAGCCCCAUCUCUAAACCCCUAGACCUCACUCCCCAUCCAGAGCUAGGGAUAGAACCCAGGCAUCCUGGUUGCAGCAGCCUCCUUCCCACCCACCCCGAUGAGGAGGGAGGUUGGUUUGCCCCAUUAACCUUUCCUCUGCUGAGCAUUGACUCAGCCCAAAUCUCGGUCUGGGGGUAGCCCCACACCUCUUGUGGUGUAUCUCCCCCCCACAUAUUGCUGGGGGGGGCAGCAGAGGGUCCUGUGUUAAUUUCAGCCCCAGGGAUGGCUAGGGGAGCCCCCCUGAUUUCUAUGAAAUCAUGUCUUGGUUGGGAAUUGAACCCAGGUGUCUAGCCCCACUAAGGGGGGGAGGAGCUACCCCCCCCUUCAGUCUUAUCAUUUCUGUGAAAUGAACUUUUAUGAACCAUAGUGGUUCACGUAGAGGGGAGGGAGAGUGAGGCAGAGUGUGGGGCGGACCCACGUGUCCGACCGGCCUUUGACCCACACCCUCCGCAUUAACACAGCGCUGUGUCCCCAAACAGCCUUGAGUGACUGACUGUGAUAAGGGUAAUGGCACGGCGGUGCCCUCUUUGGGCAGUAAGCAAAAUUGCUGCCUCUGUUUCAUAGUCCCUGUACUGCCGAGGGCUAUUGUCCUUGGGAGGCAGCAGGCUGGGGUCCAGCGUUGCUAUUAUUACCCCCCCCCACACACACACACAGGGGGGUCCCAAGUUUGUUCCCUUGUUGGAACAUGAGAUGUUUCAUUGCGAAAUAAGGUUUAGUGCUUCUUGCCUGUUUAAACUUCCCGCACAGCAUCUGUGUUACUGGAAACCUGUAGGCCAGAUACCCUGGUUCAACUUAUAGCUGGGCCCAGUGGCCCCACCCCAGAGGUGGCUGCAUCUCAGUGCAUGUCCCCUGAGCUCUGACUAUACAAGGGGGGGAGGGGCAGACUGUAAGCUCCUUGGGGAGCAGGACUGUGUUUGUACAGCCCUUGGCAUCGUGUGGGCCGGGCCUAUGACUGGAGCUCCUGCCAGCUGCCAUGAUGGAACUAAGACAAGGGCUUGUCCGGACCCUGGGGGGAAUCAAUAGGCGCCCCCCAGCUAAACACCUUCUCUCCUCACCCCCCCCCCACCCCCACCCCCCACUUCCCAGUGACAGCCAGAGCUGUUCUGGCUCUAGCCAGCAUAAUACGGGGGCUACUGUGCCAGGCUGGGGCAUAGAGGCCAGCCCUGCCUAGCGGGGGAGGGUGCCCCCAUCCAAGACCCCUUUUCACCUGUCCAGGGAUAAACAUUACAGCUGCUCCCCUUAACCCAGCAGCUUCCCUCCCCAUGAUGACUCCUGUUCCCAGUGCCCCUAGUAGCCCCCAGCUAGUCAGCAACAACCCCACGGGGGCAGAGAUUCUGGCCCUACCCCUGGGGGUAAACUUUGGUCUGAGGUGUUACAUCUCCCACAAACCAGCCUGGGGGGCACACCUGGGCAGGUGCCUGUUGCUUUGUAUUAGGUGUGGGAGGGGAAGCCAGAGUGGGAUGUUGGAACCAGGGGCUCCUGGCCCCCAAAGGGGGCUCCUGACACCUCCAAAUAAUAAAUGGCUAUUGACAUCCUGCUA